CCCCCAGGAGGGGGAUCUCUGCUUGGCCCCUAUGCUUCCCUCUGUCCUGAGGCACCAGUCAGGCCCCCCUGUUCCUGGGAGGGUUGUGGUGCAGUGCCUGAGCACAAAAGAUCUCAUGGGGACCCGUGGUUUUCUGGUGACUCAGCCUCUGUUGUGGCUCCAGGGCUCACCUCUGUGGGGCCACUGACUGUGUUUCCCUCCCUGUCCCCAGAGCCUAAGGUUGUAUUUGCCAAGGAGCAGCCAGCACGCAGUGAGGUGCAGGCUGUGGAGGGGGCCAGCACCACACUGAGCUGCGAGAUGGCCCAGGCCCAGACUCAGGUGACGUGGUACAAGGACGGCAAGAAGCUGAGUGGGAGCUCGAAAGUGCGCAUGGAGGCCAAGGGCUGCACACAGCAGCUGGUGCUGCAGCAGGCGGGCAAGGCGGACAGUGGGGAGUACAGCUGCGAGGCCGGGGGCCAGAAGGUCACCUUCCAUGUGGAUGUCACAGAGCCCAAGGUGGUGUUUGCCAAGGAGCAGCAGGCACGCAGUGAGGUGCAGGCCGUGGCAGGGGCCAGUGCCACGCUGAGCUGCGAGGUGGCCCAGGCCCAGACACAGGUGACGUGGUACAAGGAUGGCAAGAAGCUGAGUGGGAGCUCGAAAGUGCGUGUGGAGGCCACGGGCUGCACCCGGCGCCUGGUGCUGCAGCAGGCGGGCAAGGCGGAUGGCGGGGAGUACAGCUGCGAGGCCGGGGGCCAGAAGGUCACCUUCAGCCUGGAUGUCACAGGUCAGUUCUUUGGUGACACUAACUGA